AUGGGAAGUAUGGGAUCUGAACAACAGAAAGUCAACAUCUGGUUAGAUUGUGAUCCAGGCCACGAUGAUGCAUUCGCGAUCCUUCUCUCAGCCUAUCACCCCUCUUUAAAUCUCCUAGGAAUCUCCACCGUUCACGGAAACUCCUCCAUAAAUCACACAACCUACAAUGCCACCUCUCUCCUCACAGCCAUAUCGGCAACUCACAUCCCCGUCUACCGGGGCUCAGGAGCUGGAUUAGUACGCCCGGGUGUUCACGCUCCAGCAAUCCAUGGGGAAUCUGGCUUGGAAGGAACAGAUCUUUUACCGACACCAGCUAAAGGGCCAGUUGAUGAACCUGCGAUUGAUGCUAUGGCCAAGGCGUUACUUGCUACCCCAGCAGGCUCGGCAUGGGUUGUUGCUACGGGUGCACUGACAAAUAUUGCCUUGUGCUUUCAGAAGUAUGAGGGAUUGGCCGAGCAUAUCAAGGGCGUCAGUAUUAUGGGUGGUUCUGUCGGGAACGGAUUCACAAACGCGGUAUUGGGACAAGUCGACCAUAAAGAGCGGAUUGGAAACUGGAGCGUCUGGGCCGAAUUCAACAUCUUGGUUGAUCCCGAGGCCGCAGCAUUUAUUUUCGAUCACUCAGUUCUGAAAACAAAGGCGGUGUUGAUUCCAUUGGAUAUCACUCAUCAAGUUUUAGCCACGAAGGAAGUGCAGGAUAUGUUGAGGAAUGGGAAGGAAGGAAAGGAGAAUACUACGUUGAGGACAAUGUUGGUGGAGUUACUAACUUUUUUUGCCGCUACCUAUGAUAGAGUCUUUGGGAUUAGUGAGGGGCCACCAUUGCAUGAUCCGUUGGCGGUGGCCGUUAUCAUGGAUGGCAUUUCGGGUGCGGAAAUUCCGUUUUAUGAUUUCAAGGAUGGCAGGAAGAGGGAGAGAUUUGAGGUAAAGGUUGUUACUGAAGGAAGUCAUGAUGAUGCCCAAAAAGGAUCGGAGACCGGUAGAACGAUUGUUAAAUUACUUCCCGAGGGAGAGGAGGGAGUCAAGAUUCCAAGAGGCCUGGAUAUCAAGAGGUUUUGGGAGGUAGUAGAAGAUUGUCUAGCUAGAGCUGAUGCCGCGAAUAAGGCAAACGGAAUCGUAUAG